CUUUAUAGGUCCCUGGUUCCCUGCCAAGGCCUCAAGGCUUUGCCAGCUCUGGAGGACAAAGACAUGGCCAGGGACCCCGACAACACACUGAGGUGGGCCACCCUGAUGGUGCUGGCCGCCCUGGGCACAGCUGUGACAGAGGCCACCAACCCUGGCAUCGUGGUCAGGAUCACCCAGAAGGGCCUGGACUACGCCUGCCAGCAGGGAGUGGCCGUGCUGCAGAAGGAGCUGGAGAAGAUCACGAUUCCCUCUUUCUCAGGAAGCUUUAAGAUCAAGUAUUUGGGGAAAGGUGACUAUAGCUUCUACAGCUUGGUUAUCCGUGAAGUUCAGCUUCCCAGUUCCCAGAUAAGACUGUUGCCCAAUGAGGGCCUUGCUUUCUCCGUGACAAAUGCCAAUGUCAAGAUCAGCGGAAAAUGGAAGGCACGCAAGAAUUUCAUCAAAACCAGCGGCAACUUUGACCUGAGCGUGGAGGGCAUCUCCAUUUCGGCUGGGCUGAAGCUGAGCUGUGACCCCGCCUCAGGACACUCCACCGUCACCUGCUCCAGCUGCAGGAACCACAUUGACAGUGUCCACUUGCACGUCUCAGGCAGCCAACUGGGGUGGCUGAUCCAACUCUUCCACAACAAAAUCGAGUCUUCACUCCAAAACGCCAUGAACAACAAGAUCUGCGAGGUGGUGACCAGCUCUGUGUCCUCCAAGCUGGAACCUUUCUUCCAGACACUGCCAGUGACAGCCAGUAUAGAUAAUGUGGCCGGGAUUGAUUACUCCCUGUUGGCACCUCCGAUAGCCACCACUGAGACCCUGGAUGGGCAGCUGAAGGGGGAGUUUUUCAGCCUGGCCCACCGCAGCCCACCUCCCUUCGCCCCGCCAGCGUUGGCUUUUCCUGCUGACCAUGACCACAUGGUGUACCUGGGCAUCUCUGACUAUUUCUUCAAUACGGCUGGGCUUGUGUACCAACAGGCUGGAGUCCUAAACCUGACCCUCAAGGACGACAUGAUUCCAAAGGAAUCCAAAAUCCGACUGACAACCAAAUUCUUUGGAACCCUCAUACCCCAGGUGGCCAAGAUGUUCCCCAACAUGAACAUGGAGAUCCUCAUCAGAGCCUCCUCUCCACCGUACCUCACUGUGUCCCCUGCUGGCCUUGCCUUCACCCCUGCCCUGGAGGCCCAGGCCUUCGCUGUCCUCCCAAACUCCUCCUUGGCCCCUCUCUUCCUGCUUGGCAUGAGCGCGAACGUUUCUGUGGAGGUCGGCGCCAUGUCCGACAGGCUGGUCGGGGAGCUCGACUUGGACAAGUUGCUGCUGGAACUGAAGCACUCGGACAUUGGCCCCUUCUCGAUUGAACUGCUACAGUCCAUCAUGAACUACGUCGUGCCGUCUAUUGUGCUUCCCAAGGUUAAUGAGAAGCUGCAGAAAGGCUUCCCUCUCCCGAUGCCCUCCCGGGUCCAGCUCUACAACCUGGUGCUUCAGCCUUACCAGGAAUUCCUGCUGUUUGGAGCGGAUGUUCAUUACCGCUGAAGUCGCACAGUGCCAGGGACUGUCAGCCACACCAGGAGUGGAGGGGUCGUCACUACCCGUUCCUGACAGGCCCGUGGGGCACAGGCCACCUUUCUCCAGGGUCCCCCUCCAGCUCUUGACUCUAAGACCCUUGCAAAUUUCUCUGAGCUCAGGUUCAGAAAUAACCUAAACUUAGCCUUCUUUCUCGGGAAAGUGUGUGGUGUGUGUUUCAGGGAUUAUGAGCUUCUGACAUUUCCUCCUAGAAGUGCAUUUCAGUAGUAACCACAAUAUUUCUCUUUGUGCCUCACACAAAAAAUACCUGGGUU